UCCUCUUCCCGCCCAGUGCACGAAAGCCCUCAUCUUCACAGCUCAAUGACCCGCCAAAGCCUUAGCCCACGUAAAAUCCCGGAAAGGGGGAGGAGACUAGAGAGAAGUGGAGGGAGGCGUACAGCACAGCUGCAGCUAACAGGUUAAAGGAAGAGGACUGCAAGCUUCUGCUUUCCGACCACUUUCAUUUCAUUUCUUGUCGCUGGAACUUCAGUGAAAACAGCCACUGAGUUUUCCAUAGAAACCGUGGGAUUGCGUCGGGAAGUGACCUUAUUUUUCUUCCUCCGCCCAGAAAAGCUCUGCACCAUGUCUGCUCCUGUUUACCCAGGUGCUCCAAACCAGCCACCCUAUCCCAUGUCUCAGCCCGGCGGAGCACCGUAUCCAGUUCCUCCUGGAUAUGGAGAUCCCAGUCAAGCCCCUCCACCGGGCUUCAACAUGGGCUAUUCAGGACAACCUGCGGUCAUGUACCAGCCAGCACCCACAGGGCCAGCUCCAGGCCCUGAAUACGGUGGCCCACCAGCGGGGAUUUCACCAGCUCCUGGAGGUCCAGCAGUCCCCGUUGGUGUCCCACCUGGACUCGAGUAUCUCACACAGAUUGACCAGAUCCUGAUCCAUCAGAAAGUCGAACUCCUGGAAGCAUUCAUCGGUUUUGAGACAAACAACCAGUAUGAAAUAAAAAACAGUCUGGGUCAGAAGAUCUACAAAGCCAAAGAGAAGAAUGACUGCUGCACCAGGAACUGUUGCGGCUCUCUGCGCAGCUUCGACAUGAAAAUCAAGGACAACAUGGACAGGGAGGUCAUCCGUCUCAUCAGGCCUUUCCGCUGCGUCUCCUGCUGGUGUCCCUGCUGCCUGCAAGAGAUGGAGGUCCAGGCUCCACCGGGGACCACCAUAGGGUACGUCAAACAGGACUGGCACCCUUUCCUGCCAAAGUUUUCCAUCCAGGGAGCAAACAAGGAGACACUGAUGAGACUGGAGGGGCCCUGCUUUGCCUGCAACUGCUGUGGAGAUGUCAACUUUGAGCUGAAGGGGAAAGAUGGCGACACACCCAUUGGUCGCAUCAGCAAGCAGUGGAGCGGCCUUUUGAAGGAAGUUUUCACUGACACAGAUAAUUUUGGCAUCCAGUUCCCGCUGGACUUGGACGUGAAGAUGAAAGCUGUGCUGAUGGGCGCCUGCUUCCUCAUUGAUUUCAUGUUCUUUGAGAAAGUCGGAGAGGCCAACCAGCGCAGCAGUGUGUUUUCAUAACAGAGGAAAAAGGAAACGUGGGGGGGACGGCCUGCGAUGAAGGUGUUUUCCUGUUAUGUAACAUUUGUCAUUUUUUUGUUCAUUUGUUACCAGUCCCAUAAUCUGUUUAUAUACACAUAAAACUCAUUGUGAGUGAAUAAACUCUUGAUUAAAUUUAAAACUUUGAAUCUCUCCAAAGUCAAAGACUGAAGUUUUCAGUGUCUCUGUAAAGUCUGUAGAUGUUUCGCCUCUUUUUAAGCACAUCACUGUAUUCAUAGCAAACACUUUACGCUAUCAAAAAAAGUUAAACUUAGAAACAGGUGUGGACACGCAUCCUUUUGAAUGUGUUUUUGCUGCACUUGUGUUCACGUUUCAUUUCUUUCUUCUUUUUUGUCACCAUCAGUUUGUCUUUUAUUGUUAGUAAUUUUAUGUGCUUGCUCGAGCUUUAUAAAGAGAUAACAGUAUAUCUAGUAUAAGUGCAAUACUGUUUUGUAGAAGAUGUAUUCAUUGCUCUGCCUUCAUUUAUCCAGUUAAAUGGUGGCAGCGUCGGUCUGUCAGUCCAUUGCUUUGGUAUGAUGAUCAUCAUAUUUUGUGUACAGAUAUUUUUGUUUUAAAAGUUAGCUUUUCUUUUUUACUUUGGUGUAUGCUCUACCAAACCUAUUACAUUCCUUUGAGCCUCCACUGUAGGCUGUAUUUAGUGUUAAUCAGCAAGUGUUGGCAUGCAAAACACACUAAGAUAUGAUGCUUGACAUGGUAAGCCUCAAACCUGCCUUGGCUUCAUUAUAUCAAUGUCACUGUGAAUAUCUUAGCAUAAGCAUUUGGCGCUAACCACUUGUGGGCCAGAGUUCCACUACACAGAGCCACUAGCACAGCUUUUAAUCUUUUUGAAACUUAUCAGAAGCCAUAUAGAAAACUUCAAAGUUAGCUACGGUAAUCCUGCUCUGGUUAUUUAGCUCAGGGUGGCAUCUGUGCAAAUGUUAGCGUGUAAAUACACUGAAGUGCAAUUGCGGAUAUGCUAAUCAUUAAAUUUGCUUGACAUUAUUUGUAUCAUCCAUGUAAAUAGUUUAUCUUUAGGCUCAGUUUGGGCUAAAUGCUAACUACAGCCAGGAAGUGCAUCACCCUAAGUCUUUUUGUCAUUAACUAAAGCUUAUGGGAAACAUUUAGCCACAGUAAACUGGCUGUUAGCAUUUAGCCCACAUAAGGAAGUGACAUCGUACUAGCAUGUAGACAUGCUAACUUAGAUGUUUGACAUGACAAAGAUCUUAACUACUAAACAACCUGUUGUUAACAUGUGCCACUGUUGAGGUUUUAGCAUUUAGCCCAAAGCUCUACUGUGCCUACGUACAGACAGUACCUGCCUUGUCCUAAUUUUGCAGUUAGUUGACCGCCUUAAAAAAAUUCUGAACGAGUUAGCCGCUGUCACUUGUUUAGGGAUGCGUUGCCUUUAUUAGUGUGAAGUUGUGAAUCACACAUUUUUACCAAAGUGCACUCUUUCUAUUCAGCAACAUGUCUUCAGCCACGGUGCAUGAUGCAAAGCUGUUGCACAGGCUUUACUCUAAAUGUUCCUGUGCUCCCUUUAUGGAGUUUGGUGGUUGCCUCUGCCUCCACUGGUGACACCAUCCAGUUUCCUUCACAUACCACUGUGUUUGAACAUGUGCCUGCGUAAUGACAUAGGGGAGAGAGAAAAUGCAGGUUAAGGGUUCGAGGGAAAAAUUUAAAAGCAGAUGUUAGGUUAGUGAGCAUUGAUCUGGCCUCAGAAUGGUUGGAAAACCCCACAGGCAAAACUUGCAUGAAACACUGUGUAGUUUCUAAGUCCCUGAAAAGAGUUGGUGCAAUUAUUACUGCUGGUACAGAGAAACAGAGAGGAGACCGGAAUCUUAACUGAAUCAAUUGACUUGCUUUUUUAUUUGGUUGCUUCGCUCUACAGUGUUUGAUAGAAGAAAGGUUAAUGUUGCACUUCUGUGUUUAAUAAUCACUCUUGUUCUGGGCACGCCUCCAGCGUGAGACCUGGUUGCCACAAGUGCUUUCAAAUCCAGCUAGCUGUUUGCCAUCACCAACCAAAUGUAUUGUAUGUGCAUGAAUAAAUAUAUGUAUAUGUUGAGUGGCCAGUACUAACCAAAGCAUGUACAGUUGAUUUAAGUUGCGCACUCACAGUUUACUGUUCCUCUGGAUGCUUUUUUUCUAUCAUAUAUGUGCAGCUGGGAGGGGCUGCAACAUGUUUCCUGUGUUUUUAAUCAAAAAUGUUUUGUAACACUUUUCUUGUGAUUGGACAUUUUUACAUAUACAAGCAACAAUGUAUUUCUCAAAUAAACAAAUGCAACGAUAAGCCUUUA